ACUUUUGUAAUUUCAUUCUAUAUGAGUUAUUUUGUUUGCAAUAAAAGAUGUAAAAUAAUAGCAGCGAUUAUAAACUAACGAUAAAUGCAUCUCAUACGUACUACAUGGGGUCUGUAACUAUGGAUAGCGCUUGUAUGAACCAUUAUGAAAAACAGCUGUACACAGUGUUUAAGACUUUCGACGUAGAUAAUGAGGAGUCUCUAGACAGAUCAGCAGUACUGAAGCUGUGUGACGCGUUGCAGUUGGAAGACCGCGGUUCGGCGCUUGUUGAUACGCUGUUUGAACGCUGUACUGAACGUGUCACCUUCGCUCAAUUCCGCAACGGUCUACUCUCUGUGCUUGGAGGCGGAGAUACCGCGCCUAUAUCACCAACUAAGCACUCUGCAGCCGACACAUCACCGACUUCGACUUCCUGUGCUGCGUCUGCUACAGUUCCGGUUUCUUCUCACAGUGACGACGACUCUUCUGGACGUGAGGUCGCCCCGAAGUUCGUAUUUGGCUCAAAAAAAUACGGACGGCGCUCAAGACCACAGCGUUCGCCUACAGGUUCAGACGAUAUACACGCGCCAAGGGCUGCUUCAGUUUCACGACUUGAUAGUGAUAACAAACGAGCCAGAAGCUCUCAACGAAUGAAGCAUCGACGCAGUGCGUCCGCAAUGGAGAAUCGUGAUCAUCAAUUGAAUUAUGACGAUGAAAAUGCACAUAGUGACCUCGAACAUGACAGACAUAUAAACUGUGAACAAGCAAUUGCUCUAUGUUGCGAAUUAAGAAUGGAUGGUAUAGAUCGUAGACUUGUUGAACGUAUAUUUGAAGAGUCUUCUUCUGCAGAGACUACAGUAGGUGAGUUCUUUGAACGUCUUAAUGUAUCACUAACAUCAUCCAUUCAAGAUACACAGGAUGUAAGUACCGCUGUACUUCACAGUACCUCAGAGUCAUCAUUGAAUAGAGAUUAUACAGUUGAUGAUGAGACAGGAGUCCCCAGUAUGUUAGUCAUUGAAGCUUGGGAAAAUGCAGGUGUACCUCGACCACGGCACUUAUUGUUAGAACUGGGGUUUACAGGUCCAUUUGUUCGACCACCUGAUAUAGAAAAUGCACUUGAAGAUGAAAUUCGAGCACUACCUGAACCAUUAAAUGAAAGAAGAGAUGCACAUGCAAUGCUAUUAGUAGCUUGUCUAGAACUUUCUCGGCUGAGAUUAAAAUAUGCAAAACGGCGAGCAGAAGUAACUGCAGCUGAAAGAGAUAAGUUGCGAGCUGAUGUUGUCGAGGCGAAUAGACGCGCUUGCUUAUUAGCACAGGAUGUUGAUGAAAGCCAUGCUCGAAUGGAAGCUGAGCUAACGGCAAACGUGCGCCGUAUCGAAGCCAAACAUACUGAGGCCGCAAAACUCGCUGCAGCAGAAUUAGCAAGUGAACGGGAACGUGCAGCUGCUGUAAAAGUUCGUUUAGAAGCAGAGUUAACUCGACGUACCGAGAAUGAGGCACGACUGCGGACUGAAAUGGAAAUUCAUUCAUCAAGGGUUAUAGAAUUAGAAAAUAGAGUUACAGGAGCUGAGGGCCGCGCAUUAACUUCAGAGAGGGAAGCAAUUCGUCUGACUGCUGAGUUAGCAGAAGCUGUUGCCAGUCUGAAUCACAAGGAGGGUUCGGGACAGACUGAGGCAGAACAUGCAUCGGCAGCGGAACUUGCAGCACAGUUCGAUGAGUUACGUCGAGAGAAUAAGCUGUUGCGUGACCGAAAUGAUGAAUUGUGUUGCGCACUGGAAGCAAGAACACGUGAUGGAAUGGCCCCGGCUGCCAUUUGCGGGGACCUUUCGGCAGAGCUGGGCUCAUUACUGGCACCCGAACAUACUGAGGAAUGUGAUUCAUCACCAACUAGCAUUGAUCAGAAAGUGAUCGGGCACGCUGAAGCGGCUCGGCGAUUACGCACCAUUUUUGAUAAUGUUCAGACAAUAUCAUCUUCCAAGAAGAAGCAAUGCCAGUCAUGCUCCAUGCUUGAGACUAUAAUUGCAACCAUACAGAUGAAGGUUAGAGAAUUGAGUGACUGUGUUAUCUUGAUGGAGGAUGUAGAAAUGCCACUGUACAGUACUGUCGAAACCUCCAUUCAAACUGACUUUGGACCAACAUCAAACAUUGAAUCAGUGCACGAUGUUAAUUUAAUUAAGGAGAUGGAUACACUAAAGCAGCAAUUCAAAGAAGCUGAGCAUAGACACAACAGUGAAAAACAAAAGCAAUCAAAUAUAAUAAAGGAGCUUGAGACUAGUUUGGAGCAAUUGAAAGCAGAGUAUGAUAAGUCUGAGGAAUAUUGGAACAACAAACUGGAGGAAGAACGCGAUAUGUACAACGAGGAGCAGCGACUAGGCGAUGAACGGCUCACCGAGCUGGUCGCUAAGAUUUCCGAAUACGAGCGGCAGUUCGCGCCAGUCGGCGGCGCUCUACCUACCAUCGAGGAGAAGUGCGGUCUCGAGGCGCAAGUCGCCGACCUCGAAGAGGAGUUCGCCACUUAUAGAAAAGCUAAGGAGGAAGAGCUCCGCAUGCGGGAUACUGAGAUAGCGCGUCUGAAUGAGCAGCUCGAGUCGCUGCAGCGGCGCGUCGAUGCAAAUACCGAGGCGAGACGGAAACGUGACGGGGGCGGGGGUGGUACGAGUGGGGGCGGUGGUGGUGGAGGUGGGAGCGAAGGGGGUGGUGGGGGGUGCUCGUGUGUAUCGUUGGCGGAACGCUGCGGACAGUUGGGAGCUCGAUUGGUGGCGGAGAGAGGCGCGGGCGCUAGGGAAGCUGCGGCUCUAAGGGCGAGGGCGGCGCGAGCAGAGGGGCUGGCGCGACGUCUUCACGAGCGUCUAGCGGCCGCCGACUUGCUCGUGAAGGAUUUGUACGUUGAGAACUGCCACCUCGCGCACCGCCGGCCGCUGUGACAACGCGACCUCCACUCCCGUAUGUAUCAUUCCAAAAAAAGGCCUAAGACUGGCGCCGUUUAAUGUCUGAUAUGUCGAUAGAAUAUUCACGCAUAUUAUAAAUCUGAUGAUUAGUGUCUGUCAAUGAAACUAUAGUCUGGUAUUGGAACUAAUAAUAGUAAAUUAUAUCAAACAAAAUACGGCGCCGGUGUAAAUGAUUUCUUUUUAACGGCUGGUAAUGACAUUAUGUCAGUGUUGUGAUAAAAGAGUUUUGUUUAUUGUUACGAUUUAGCGGUGUGCUGAUCACUGACGCUGCCCAUAUCUUUAUAUCUAUAUUAUGUAUCUAUGUAAAUAUGUAACUAUACCAUAGAGUUGAUUUAUAAAACUAUUUUAGAAAUAAUAUUGUAUCAUGUCUCUCUUGCGGAGAUUUAUGAAUUUUGACAUAAACAUAUAUUUAUUAAUAAUAGGUGCCAUUCAAGGAAUAGAAACCAAUAGAAAAUAAUUAUGUUUUUAUAUUGCUAUCAUAAGUACAAUUUAAGUCGUUGGACAUAUCUUUUCCCUUACUAUUUUAUUGGCAGCUUGAUUGAUUAGCAACUCGUGAAAUUAAUAUUAAAUAGCAGUAAGAUGCUUGUUCUCGUAUUCAAUGCAAGCUGACUGGCAAUGCUGUAGUGCGUUAGUAGAAUACACACAUAGUUGGUGAUAUGUACCUAAGUCAAUUUAAUGUCUAUGUGUGUGCAAAAACAAUUUUUACACAUGUUAGAUAUGUACAUUACCAGAGACUAUAUAUUUUACUUUUCGCAGACUAAAAUAUAUAGUCACUGACAUUACUAAAUGUAUAAAGCAGACACCGUGCACUACUUACUAUAGGACGCAACGUAUGUUAUGCUGAGCAUUGUUAAGUUCAUGCAUAUUGUAAUUAUUUUAUUUUAAGCUCUAUAUACUGUGUACGGCUUUACAUAUCUUUGCAGGAUUAUUUAAUGCCUUUAAUGAUGAAGUAACCUACGAACGUGCCUUUUAAUAUUACGGGUUUUAAAUAUUAAUAUUUUAAUUAAAAUCAUCAAUAAUUGAAAAGCCCGCUGUGAAUGGCGAGAUGCGAUCUAACAGUCUAUGUUCAUGAUACAGGAGUGGGGAAUGAUGACUUAUUUAGUUCCUUUACUUGUAAAACAAAGUUGUGCACUCUUAUCAAAUCGGGCUCUAAAUCUCAAAUAUUUAACACAUUUAACUCAUUAACAAAAACAUUAGAGCAACACGAACUAUCAGUCAAAUGGACGCACGAUAUUACAGUACUUUUUUAGACUACUGCUUAUUUUCAAGACCCUAGUAAUACGCAGUAACUGAAGCUUUGUCAUUUGAAGACAUGUAUAAUAUUUACUCAUACUGUAUAAUAGGUCAAGUUUUGGUGGCAUUAGUUAGUUUGUCAAUAAAAAACGUAUGUCCUACAGCAGGAACACCACACACAAAUCGGACGCAUUAUAGAACAGUCUCACAUUGUUCCCCACUGCUAUAUCGCAUCUAAGACUUUAACUAAGUUUACAAACAACUGUAUAAUAUAAAAAUAUAUCGACUCGAAUAUUUGUUCCUCUUAUUAUAUUGCCUAGAUGUGAAGGUGUUGUGGAAGUGUUGUACUAAUUUAUCGUGGAAUAAUUGGGUAUACUGAAUUAGUUCGCGUCAAGUUACUAAAUAUUAAUAUAACAUAUAUCUGUGAUUGAAUUAUAAUCUAUAUAAAUUCCUUGUAUAAAAGACAAAAUCGCAUUUAAUGUUUUGGGAAAGAUUCUCUGAGGAAUCAUAUUUGCUCAAACAUUUUUUAUUUCGGCUUAAAAUUAUGUUAUUUCAAUGUAAUUGAUUAUGUUUACCGUAAAAUCUUCAUAUUAUGUGUUUAUCUCUUUCAUGCUAAAAUAAAGUUUCAAUGUGAAUGAAUGUGAUAAAACAUUAAUGGUUGAAGUACCUAUGUUUUAAUGACUAUUUAAUUUAUUUUGAAAAUCUUAAUUCAUAUGCUAUAACUACUGGACUGAUAAUGACGAAUUUUGCUGAAAUAUAGUUUAGACAAAAAAGACAUAACGUAAUAAAAGCAAGUAAAAUAGAUAGCGAAUAUUAUUCUGUUUUAUAUAAAUGAUGGUAGUUAGUAAAUUAAUAGUGAGUGCUAUGAAAUUCCUCACAUGACAAGAUUUUAUACAGUUUAUAACUUUUUCUAAGCAACUUCGCUAUAAGAUAUAUAUAUGGUAAUACGUAUAGACAUACCUAUAUAGAAACUGCAUUGCCUGUCCAAUGGUUAACA